GCUCGGUCAGGCUGCCGAUUAGCAACAAACAGAAGGUUACGAGUUUGAAAAAUCGGACCGUGCGACCCCCGGACGGGCUUUGCGGGGACGGGAACGCCACGAACUAUGUCGGGGUCUCCAACCGGAGCUUGUUGGUUCGCUUUCGAGAGGAGCAGGCGGUGAUUUACAACAUUUUCGGGGCUGGUCGCGGACGCAACCUCGCUUCCCCCCCCCAGGUCGUCGGAGUGGCGAUGCUGAGCCGAUAGCUGCGUCAUCAUGUUGCUUCCGUCUCGAGUUGGCGAAAAGAAAUCUCAAGUUAACGCCGGAGGUGAGGCUGCCCGCCGCCAUCCCGCCCCGGAGGCCACUCCCGACCCCUGAAGUGGAUGGGCGACGGGCUGCAGGCGAGGGGUCGGCGGCGAGGAGCACUGCGUCCCGCGCGGCCGCCGAUAGAAACUGGUGACUUUGCAUCACUUGGCCCCGGCGCUUGUUGUGUUGGCGCGUUUACUCCCCCGGCGGAAUCUAUCAUCCUCACUCGGAUGGACAGUCAAACAUGUAUGUCGGUGUGUUGCGUAGCUCGAUUUAAACAGAAAGUGAAACUCUGGUAAACAUUUUUUUUUUUUAAAGGGAUGUUAUCCACUAAGUGUGUGGAUCGUCCCAAGUGGUGAUUGACAGCGAGGGCGCACAAAGCAGGAGCCGCCGGCGGAAGGCUGCUGAUCGGACACUGACUUUCGUCUUAAAGCGCCAGUGGAGAGGACACGAGAAGAAACGAGCUCGUGUUUGGACACAACCGGAGACGGUGCGCGUGAUCCAAGCUAACUGGCCACAACCGAGCGGGAGCGGGAGGCCACGGGAGCCAGACACCCCGAGCUGCCGAGGGGGUGUCUGUCGGGGCUCAUCGUUUGGGUCUGGGGGGGUCUGUUGUCUGCUGUCACCGCAUCCACGUGGACCUUGCGCGAGGACGGUGGGUGAAGUUGAGCUCCCCCGCCGUGACGCACGACACGGCGCGACCCGGCAGCGCGCAGGGGGGGGGGGGGGGGCGCUUGUUUCUUCACAGCAGAAGAAGACCGUGUGAGGAUUCCCAGGCAGCGUAACGCUGCAUUUUUUUUUCCUUUUUACACCAGAGUUUAAAAAAAGAAGAAAAGGAAAAAACCACCCCGGUUAAAAUGGCCGGCGAUUGCACCCACGCCAACACCCACUACUCCGAGACCUUCCCUCCGUCCAAGCCCUGGUCGGAUGGAGCCGCGGGGCGACACGGGCGCGCGCAGGCGCCGGUCGGGAGCUCGCAGGCGCGCGGCCCGCCCGCCGCGCGCUGGUCGCCGCACUUCGAGGUGAUCGACGGGCUGCUGUACCGCAAGAAGCUGGAGAAGGGCUUCCUCAACUACCGGGAGGUGCUGGAGGAGGAGCGGAGGCACGAGGCCGUGUCCACCUUUCACCGGCGUCGGCCCGGCCAGCGCCACCUCUCCCUGGAGGAAACCUACAAAUGUGUGGCGGAGAACUACUGGUGGGAGGGGAUGUACUUCCAGAUCAGAGACUUUGUCCUGGGCUGUCCAGAGUGUCGGAGCCGCCACACCAAGAAAAUAGAGGAGCUGGGCGGCAGAGGAUGCGUGACAAAGACGAUGGCGUCGCACGGCGCCGACAUGCUCAGCAAGUUGCGGAGUCAGCGGGAGGCGGGGCUGUUCUGCGACAUCACCCUGCGGACGAACGGCCAGUCCUACUCGGCCCACAGAGCCGUUCUGGCGGCGGUCAGCGAUCACUUCCAGGAGAUCUUCACAGAGAUGGACUCGAGCAUAAAAGCAGACAUAGAUCUGACUGGUUUCAGUGAGGACAGCCUCCUGUCCCUGCUGGAUUUCUCCUACUCCUCCACUCUGUGUGUUCGCCAGCAGGACCUACCCGAAGUCAUCGCCAUGGCUCGCCACCUGGGCAUGUGGCUCGCCGUGGAAGCCUGCUCCGCUCUCAUAAAGGAACAGGAACAGCAGCUCCAACCUGGAAAAGGCUUUAACUUGGCCUGUGCCAGUGCUUGCCAUGAGCGCCGUCGGCAGCAGAGGGAAGGCAAGAGGAAAAAAGUCUUGGGACUAGAGGACAACAUUAACAACGGCUUCAGUCUGAUGCUUGAUGUGUCAGAUGAGACUUUAGAGGAGAGUCCCAGGCGCAAUUUGCGCAGAAUGGCAAUUCCCCAAGUUCAUAACGGCCUCCCUUUGAGUCCCUCGCACAGGAUGAAGCUCAUGGACUUCAAAUCGCCCUCUUCCAAGAAAGCUGCUAUACCUCGGCACGCCAUAGCCAACCUUCAGUCACAGAACUACUCGCCCAUACCUCCAUCGAACACCCGUCUCCUCCGCUCCUCUCCGGGGGCUGCCAAGGAGGUUCGGAGGUUGCUGCCCAUGCCGGAGAGCCCGAGACAGAAAAACAGAAAAUCUCACGCUAUCAGUCGACUUUCGUGCACCUCCAGAUUGAGGCCCGGCGCAGUGUGCAGCCCCGUGAGAGUGAAGCAGGAAGUGGAGGAGGUAGGAGAGGAUGAGCAGGAUUAUGCAAGAGCACAGGAGAAGUACAAGUUGAUGAAUGUUCUGGGGCUACAGAGGACCGCUCUCCUCCCCAGACCAGAAGACCUCAUUGGCUGGAGACAGAAGAAACGACUGAGGAAGCUGAAGGCCAACAACUAUUCGCUGACCAAACGGCGGAAACCCCGCUCCACCUCCCCAGUGCUACCAUAUGGUGCUGUGACACUGUCACUUCCCCUCUGUAACCCUGUUAACACUCGACUACUCAACAAGUCGGCGAAGGCCAAGCCCGUGGGCCCAGUCAGCGCGGGGCAGAUUAAAGCAAAGAGGCCCAAGACUGUCCUGCAACGUGUCCCUCCAAGCGACAGGAGCAUGAGAAGUAAAGGUGUGUUACCAGACAUGUUCCAGCCAGUAUCCAGGCUUUCCUUCGGGGGAAGAGAACUCAGGCGGUCAGUGAGGAAAGGCGAUGGUUCCCACCUUCCUGCCCAGCAGCAUGUGCUUCAUGGCACCAGCAAAUCUUUUAUGAAAAAUAUAGUCAGGAUCAAAUCAGAGCCGACUGACUAUUCUAUCUCAGGUCUCUCUUUUUCGUCAAACAGUUGUCGUGGCCACAAAGCUCACAGAUCCCCUUCACCUUCACAGAGGACACAGGCCAGAAAUAAGAUCACAGUAGAGGCUGUCAGAUCGCUGCGCUACAACAGAAGCCGACCAGCAACAAAGGCCAAGCUCAAGCGGGGCUCCACAAAAGAGGUAGAGAAAACCAAGUGUAAGCCCAGGGAGGAGGGGAGGAAAGCGGGGAGCCAGGGGCUGACGGGGGUCAUGGACACCAGACUGAGAGGGAAGGAUAAUGACACCGGUGGGCUCCAGUUGUCAGAGCACGAGCCUCCACCACCUUCCAUUUACAGCCACCCUCUGUACAAAGUCAUUAAAGAGGAGCCAGCAGACCCAGUGCCAGUUGGUGGCCCUUUCCCUGAUCCACCAUCACCAGACCUGGGCAAGCGCCAGAGCAAGCCCCCCAUCAAAUUACUGGACUCUGGCUUUCUGUUCAGCUUCUGUCGGUCGGCAGGGGGCCCCAUGGCAGGACUGAAGAAGGAGGAGGAGAGCGUGGAUAUCUGCCUAAUGCGCUCCGUGUCGCAAGUGGGGGAUAAAUUUGUAGCCGAAGAGCCCCCCCCCAGGGCACUGAGGGCCAGAGUGCCACCCACCCUGCCCGUGGUGAAGAGGGAGAGGCAGGAGAGGAGAGUGAGCCAAAGCAGGGUUCAGAGACCCAGGGGAAACCCCCGAAACAACACCCUUCAUCAGGCCAAAUCCUCUGGGUCCAAGGUGACACGCACCAUGCCAAAGCAACAAGCUAAACUCCUCGCCCUGAGCACCAGGAACUGUGCCAUGCAGGAUGCUGUGCGACGGUCAAGGCUAAAGCGGCUCCGAGGGCCUCGCAGUCAAGCCCCGAAGGUCCCAAAGGGGGCCCAUACCUGCCCACAGUGCCCAGCCUCCUACACGGACUGUGAUGCUCUAAUCAUGCAUCGCCUCAGGCACGUCGAGGGCAAGCAGUGGCCCUGUCCGCUCUGCAGUAAGACGUUCUUUCGACUAAGGAAUGUACGGAACCACAUCCGCACCCACGACCCCAAGUUGUACAAAUGCCGGAGCUGCAUCGCUGCCAGUUCCUGAGGUAACUGGAGUGUCUGCAGUGAAACUGGGGAUGAAGGCUGUCGGCGUCCGACACCAGCGGACUGGAGAGAAACCAGAGGCACAUGAUCGAUCAGCAGCUUGUACAUACUGCAUCUGUCACACACACACACACGCACACACACACACACAGACACACACACAAGCACAAACACUCUGUGGAAAAGGCAUAAUCACUCUGAUUCUAAUCCUCGCCUUUGUCUCUGCAUCGCUAAUGUUAUUUAAAUAACCAAACAAAAAAAGGUUGCUGUUCCUGUUUGCAUCUCCAUGGCUACAGAAGGUUAAACUUGAACAUUACACUCAGGGGAGGGGGGAUGACGACGCCACGGUAUAUUGUGAUAUAACAUCACGGUUGUGUAUAAAAUGAAAUGUAAAGUGAUUGUUAUAACUAUUAAUGCUACUUAAUGUUAUCAUUAUUUUUCUAUUUAUAGAUGAAUUUUGAGUGCACUUAUAUCAUAGCUUAUGUUGUAAACCUAAGAAGUGGUGAUGAAAUUGAAGGUCUGGAGUCCGCAGCAGGAAUACUUGAAGUGUUGCGAACAUCUGAGGGAAUACUUGAAGGUGGGUUUUUGUCCUUUUUCCAUGUCCUAACUUUUUAAUAACGAUUUGACGAGUCUCUCCCUCCUUUCGUAUAGAUCUGCCGGUCUCACACAGUCAGUGACUCGGUGGGCCGGUACGGUUACAUCACUGCAUGUGUGUUCGCGGGGCCAUUUCUUGCCACUGUCUUUUCUAAGGCUGCCAAUUUUAAAAGGGAAAUGUUGUUUUUAAUGUGAAUUUCUGAAUAAGUAAUAACACAACAGUGUCAUUACUGGUUUUAUUGAUCUUUUUCUUCCACUUCAAUCCAAGACCCUCUUCUACUUCCCUCCCCUCCUCCUACUGAGUAAAUGCAAUGUGUGCACAUAAAGAGAUGUUUCUUCAAAAAUUGAUUUUAGAAAUAAAUGAGCUGUCUCGCAAUCUGUUAAAAGACUGAAUAAAUUUUUUGCCUUUUA